AUGGAGCUCAGCGUCCUCCUCCUUCUGACUGUCUUCACAGGACUCUUGCUUCUCAUUGGCAGGGGCCAGCCAAAAUCCCGUGGACGACUCCCUCCUGGCCCUCGUCCCCUGCCCUUCUUUGGGAAUCUCCUGCAGAUGGACAGAAAUGGCCUGCUCAAAUCCAUCCUGAAGAUGCGAGACCAGUAUGGGGAUGUGUUCACUCUGUACCUGGGACCAAAGCCAGUGGUCAUUCUCUGUGGAACAGAGGCCAUCCGGGAGGCUCUGGUGGACCAAACUGAUGCCUUCUCUGGCCGGGGAAAAAUAGCUGUGCUUGAACCAGUCUUCCAGGAUUAUGGUUUAGUGUUUUCCAAUGGGGAACGCUGGAAGGUGCUUCGACAAUUUGCUCUGACUACCAUGAGGGACUUUGGGAUGGGAAAGCGGAGCGUGGAGGAACGAAUCCAGGAGGAAGCUCAGUAUCUGGUGGAGGAGCUGAGGAACACAAAGGGAACACUCCAGGACCCCAAAUUCUUCUUUCAAGCCAGCGUCGCCAAUGUCAUCUGCUCCAUUGUCUUUGGGGAACGUUUCUCCUACCAAGACCCUGAGUUCCGUCGACUGCUGCACUUGAUCUUUAGCUCAUUUGUCCUCAUGAGCUCCUUCUCUGCCCAGAUGUUUGAGCUCUUCUCUGGAUUCUUGAAGUAUUUCCCUGGUGCACACAGCCAGGUCUCUAGGAACUUGAAGGAAGUCAAUGACUUCAUUGCUCGAAAUGUGGAAAAGCACCGCGAGACUCUGGACUCUACUGCUCCUCGAGACUUCAUUGAUGCCUACCUGAUCCGCAUGGACAAAGAAAAAUCCAACCCCAACACUGAAUUCCAUCACAUGAACCUCAUCAUCUCUGUACUCUCGCUCCUCACUGGUAACACAGAGACCACCAGCACUACGCUCUGCUAUGGAUUCCUGCUCAUGCUCAAAUACCCCCACAUCACAGAGAGAGUCCAGAAGGAGAUUGACCAGGUGAUUGGCUCACACCGUGCUCCUGACCUCAAUGACCGAAUCAACAUGCCAUACACGGAUGCUGUCAUCCACGAGAUUCAGAGAUAUGCAGACGUCAUUCCCAUGGGGAUCCCUCGCUCUGUCACCAAGGACACACACUUCCGAGGGAACAUCAUCCCAGAGGGCACUCAAGUAUUUCCCAUCCUGAGCUCUGCUCUCAAUGAUCCACAUUACUUUGGAAAACCAGAAACCUUCAACCCUGAUCAUUUUCUGGAUGCCAAUGGGGCAUUGAAGAAGAGCGAUGCCUUCAUACCCUUUUCCGUAGGGAAGCGCAUCUGUCCUGGAGAAGGCAUUGCCAGAGCGCAAAUAUUUCUCGUCUUCACCACCAUCUUGCAGAACUUCAACUUGGCCACCAGCAUGGCCCCUGAGGACAUCGACCUCACUCCUAUGGAGUGUGGUGUGGGCAAACUGCCCCCACCAUACAAGAUCCACUUCCUGCCCCACCAUGGAGACUAA